ACAGGCGUACCAUACGUUCGCGUAACUCCCCUUUGCGACGUCUCAGUGAGUUCUGCCAAUGGACUCUGCGACAGCUCUCUUAUGCGGCACGCGGCACUAGCAGCAGAACUGCUGACGGUGUUCAGUGUCUGUCGCGCUAUCGCGGUGAUUCCUGCUUGCUACCCGCACUCCCAGCUCGUGUUGGCUUUGCGAUCAGAGCACGCUCAUUGUCGCUCUGUACCUGUUCGUAGUCUAUACACGGCGAUUUCAAGCUUGGAGCGUUGUCGGGAACUCGACCUCGAGCAUAUUGCCAGUAACACGGCUGAAAAUUCUAUCAGGAUAAUGCGUCACAGACAAUGGACGUGAUAUGGCUCACCUCAGAGAUGAUUCAUUUCCUUUACCUGCUUCUCCACCGUGACGCGAGGCCGCCGUACUGAACACUCCUUCCAACGCCGUAGACCACUUCGUUCUCCU